AUUUAUAUAUUUAUAUAUUUAGAGUAUUUCUGUCUAUAUAUAGUAUAGUCAUAAAGUAAAAAUGGCGGCCAUCGACAUCGAACGUAUGAAAAUGGAAACAUCAAUACGUAAUCUAAAGUUAUCAGAUCAUGUUGGAUUUGAUAGUUUACCUGAUCAACUUGUCAAUAAAUCUGUACAAAAUGGUUUUUUAUUCAACAUAUUAUGUAUUGGUGAAACGGGAUUGGGAAAGUCCACAUUAAUGGACUCAUUGUUCAACACAAAUUUUGAAUCGAACCCAAGUCCUCACAAUUUACCAGCAGUUAAAUUAAAAUCAAAUACUUAUGAGCUGCAAGAAGGUAAUGUCAGACUUAAGCUGACAUUAGUGGAUACUGUUGGGUAUGGAGAUCAAAUUAAUAAGGAAGACAGUUUUAAAGCUGUCGUUGAUUACAUUGACGCACAGUUUGAAGCUUAUCUCCAAGAAGAGUUGAAAAUAAAACGUUCACUGUCGACUUAUCACGACAGUCGUAUUCAUGUUUGUCUUUAUUUCAUCUGUCCAACUGGCCAUGGACUUAAAUCAAUUGAUUUAGUAUGCAUGAAAAAACUUGAUACCAAAGUUAAUAUUAUUCCAAUAAUUGCUAAAGCUGAUACUAUUUCUAAGACUGAGUUACAAAAAUUUAAGAGCAAAAUAAUGUCUGAGUUACAAAAUAACGGAGUACAUAUUUAUCAAUUUCCAACUGAUGACGAGAGUGUAACUGCAGUAAACUCAUCAAUGAACGGACUGCUGCCGUUUGCUGUUGUCGGUAGCACGGAAUUCGUACGCGUUGGAAAUAAAAUGAUGCGAUCACGUCAGUAUCCAUGGGGUACCGUACAAGUUGAGAAUGAAUCACACUGUGAUUUUGUUAAAUUACGUGAAAUGUUAAUUCGUACAAAUAUGGAAGACAUGCGUGAGAAAACUCACUGCCGUCAUUAUGAACUCUACCGCAAAAAACGUUUAGAACAAAUGGGAUUCAGUGACGUUGAUCAUGAAAAUAAACCAAUAAGCUUCCAACAAACAUGUGAGUCAAUGAGAACAGCACAUUUGCAGGAAUUGCAACAGAAAGAAGAUGAAAUGCGUCAGAUGUUUGUCGCUCGUGUCAAGGAAAAGGAGUCUGAGUUAAAAGACGCGGAGAAAGAGCUGCACAAUAAGUUCGAUAAAUUGAAAAAAGAUCACAUGGACGAGAAAAAAAAAUUAGAAGAAAGCCGCAAAAAACUCGAGGAUGAUAUCUCGGAGUUCAAUCGCCGUAAAAUUCAAAUCAAUCAACAGUCACACCAUACACUAACUCUGGGUAAAAGCAAAAAAAAAUAAAAUGAUUUAUUUAAAAGUAAUUAUCAUUCCAUAACAAUAAUUAUUUUUUACCUAUUACUUAUUAUUUUACACUUAAUUUUUUUAUUAUAAAUUUACAACUAUUUAUCGCUCUCUUUAUUUAACGAGUAAAUAAUAAAUAAACACAUGUUUUAUUUAAAUAAAUAAAAUGAAUUUUUU